GUCACCGGCUAAAGUAACGUGUACUUCCGGUAACAAUCAACAAGAUCAAGGGACACGGUGGCAAAAACUUAAAAGGCAAAGCGCUUACAGAAGACACGGAAAAAUGGAGAAACUGUACCAUGAAACAAAUAAAAUUGUGCUUGAUGUGCAGAAUGGACUGAGUCGUGUUGAACAAGCAAGGAAAGAGGAUGCUCAUUUGGCUGAGAAUGAGAUCAAAGCAAGGCUGGAUAACCUGGCUAGUAAUUGUGAUACGCUGGACAUUCUUGUUAACAAAGAACCGGUAGCAAGACGGCAGAAUGCAAAAUUGAAAGUUGACCAACUGAAGUAUGACUGCCAACAUCUGAAUGCAGCCCUACGCCAGAUACAACACAGACGUUAUCAAAGGGAACAAGAGGAUAAAGAUAGAGAAGACCUUCUCACCCGUCGAUUCACAGCCAAUGAUGAUAAUACAUCAAUAAUGAUAGACCAUGAGCUGCAGCAUAACACAUCAUUACACAACAGCCAUAGAGAGAUGGAUAACCUCCUAGCGUCAGGUUCAGCUACGAUUACUAACCUCAGAGACCAACGGGGAAUGCUCAAGGGAGCCCAGAGAAAGAUGCUAGACGUGAGCAACAUGUUAGGACUCAGCAACACGGUCAUGAGACUCAUUGAAAAAAGGACUUUCCAGGACAAAAUCAUCCUCUUUGGGGGCAUGAUCCUGACUCUAAUCGUCAUGUAUUACAUCUACAAGUACUUUGGUUGAUAGAGCUACAGCCAAUGAAGAUAGAUAUCAUGCCGAUCAAUUGGAACAAUGGUGGUGUCACAGGAUACAAACUCUGAUUGGACACGGACGUGAUUCUGCCAGUCUUGCAUUGCACUUCUUGAUGUUCCCACCGUUCAUUCUGCUUAAAAGCAAAGAUUCAAAGAAUACAGAUAAGAUUCCAUUUAGAUAUGUGUUUCUGUAUUCUAUUUUCUUUUGUUGUAUAAAGUUCAAAUGCCAAUAUAUCCAGGCCCUCUUGUAUAAAAAGGUUAAUUAAAUACAACUCAAAAAAAGGAAGCACGUCUUGAUUUUUAUCCAAUCAGGACUUACCUGGAUUAUUUUUUUAGUUUCAUUUAAUUGCCUCAUUUUAUGCAAUAGGCCUGAGGGCCCUGCAGUGAAAGUGUCUUGUAAAGAGUUGUGAGUGAUGCCCAUGAUUGCAACACAACUUUAGUUUGAUAUCAUGCAACACUUUAUGUAAGACAUUGGCAAUUGUUUACUCUACGUUGCUUGGACUAGUUGCGAUUGAUUCAGAUCAUUAGCAGCUAUUUUGGUUGUGACAGACCAAAUUAAAGAAACUGAUGACAAAUUGUGAAUUUUAUGUUUAUUACCUUUUUGAGGAGGUGUAGGUAUAGGUGAAGGCAAUAUUCUUGUUCAUUUAUUGUCUGUUGAGAGCCAGUAGGUGGUUAUCUCAUAUACUUCAACACAAUGUUAAAAGUCUUUUUUAUACCCUUCUGUUUCAGAACAGGUGAAUAUUUUAUAGUUUACUUACAUGCAUUCCCUUCCCACCAUACCCCUC